AGAAGUCAGUGGAAAAUUCGUGCGUAUUGUGUCUCUGCGUCAAACUUUUCUCCAAAAAGUCUCUUGGUCGCUUCUUGAAGCAACUCGUUAAUUCUUCAACGCUUUCACUGUCCUCAACGUCCCAUAUACUAAAUCAGAAUGCCGGCUGCAGCACCCCCCGAAAAUGGUGCAGGCGUACCAAAAACCGAGCUUCAAGAGCUCCAAAUGAAACAGCAGCAAGUGGUCGAUGAGUCCUUGGAUAGCACCCGGCGUAUGCUGGCAUUAUGCGAGGAGAGCACUGAGGUGGGAAUGCGAACCAUCGUAAUGCUGGAUGAACAAGGAGAACAACUGGAUCGAAUCGAGGAGGGCAUGGACCAGAUCAAUGCCGACAUGCGCGAGGCAGAGAAGAAUCUGAGCGGUAUGGAAAAAUGCUGCGGUAUCUGUGUCUUGCCAUGCAACAAAAGUGCAUCCUUCAAAGAGGACGAUGGUACCUGGAAGGGCAAUGAUGACGGCAAGGUGGUCAACAAUCAGCCUCAGCGAGUAAUGGACGAUCGUAACGGGUUGGGCCCGCAGGCUGGCUAUAUUGGAAGAAUCACGAACGAUGCUCGAGAGGACGAGAUGGAGGAAAACAUGGGCCAGGUGAACACUAUGAUUGGCAAUCUUCGAAACAUGGCGCUCGAUAUGGGCUCUGAGCUCGAGAAUCAGAACAGACAGAUCGACAGAAUCAAUCGCAAGGGAGAAUCCAACGCCACCAGGAUAGCAGCGGCUAACGAAAGAGCUCACGAUCUGCUGAAAUAAGAUGUUACAUUCGACCGCUGACAAAUGCAAUUAACUGCGAUGCAAAAUAUGGCGAGGGAUAGUGGAACGGCGUGUUGAUCUGCAAUCUUGCAUUCCCGGAAGGGCACGUCUGGCCGGAAGCAAGAGUUGUGGCAAGGUCGGGGAGUUGAUCGAGAUCCACCUAAACUUUAGUUUAUGACAACCAAACAAGGAAGCAUAUACACGCAUACUACCGGUCGACCGAAGGGAGGAAAAGAUUACUUUCAGCCGUACGUUAGACUGCUUCGCAUUUAAAUGGGAUGGUGGCGUCGAGGGGAAUGAGGGAAGGGAAAUCAAAAUAGGAAUGUUUCAAUCGCAGCCCGCGCUUGCUGGUUAGUGUGUAAGGACGCUCUAGUGUUGAAACGAUUAAAAUUGAGCAUUUAAGCGAAAUAGCGAUGCGGCCGAGUAGACGGAUGUUAAAUUCCUCUCUCGAAAGCAUAUAACACAGACGACACGCUUUUAAAAAGAGUGAAGAGACAUGUUGCAACGAUAUUCUUAGGUUUCAUUAGGUUGUGCGAAAUUUUGUUGAGAUUUCUUUACCUAGCCGUAUGUGAAAAUUUAUUCCAUUUCCAUCAACAACGGGCUCGUGAUGCAUCGCAUUGAGAGCGUGGAGGAUUACCACAGUCUGCAAUUACUAUCUUUAAUUUUAGGCUACCGGGACCAAAGUAUCCUGUUCAAGCAUUUGUUUCCUGCAUUCUCACUCAGAACGUUUAUAUUGAAUGUGAAAUAUAAAAUUGCGAACGAAAUGCAACGCGCAUCAUCAAGCGACGAGUUGGCACAAGCAAGAAUAGCUUUCUUCGCUCGUUGUUUGAUACCGGAACUAGAUAAGUCCGAGCUCGGCUUGUUUCCUUACAAUCUCUCUUAGUAUUAUUAUAAAUAACUAGCCGAUUUAGUCACAGUAGGAUAGGAUAAAAAUCUUUUCCCCUUGUUCGUUCGAUAGUUUUGCAACCCGUUGUGUUGGUUUCCAACGUGCUAAAUGGUGGCAUCAGCUUGGAGAGCAAUGUUGGGAGCAAAAUGUUCGAAGCGUCCAGCUUCCUGCGCACCGCCGGUGCAUUUUAAUCGCCCCAGUAGUGUAGAGCCUGCUUUCAUUCGAGUGGUUACGAAAGUGUGUCCUGCCAGGUUGCACUUUGCUGCACCACAUGUGCAUGUAUCACAUCGUUUGUUCGUUCGUUCGUUGGACUACUGUUACCAUGGUUAGCUUUUCUUCCCACCGAAAGAGAGCGAGAGAGAGAGAGAGUGAGAGAGGAAGAGAAUGUGGAUAAUUGGGGAAUAUGUUUGCCAACGAAACCAUUGAACUUGGCGUGUUGGCGAAUGUUGCUGCAACAAAAUGUAUGUGCGCCCCCUUUCGAGCAGGAAAACCGACCUACCCAACAAUCAACAAUGACGAGGAUUGUUUCUCGGUUUGUAAAACAAAAUGCAAAAAUGGCUACGUUUUGGAGCGAUUGCAAACUCACAAACAAGUGCUUGUAAUACUAGCUAAUAAAAAAAAACAACAAACAUCGUUACGUAGCAGUAUGGUACUUCGUUGUUCAUGAGUAGUUUGUUGCUUUCUGUUUUGAGUCUGUCAUUCUAAAACAUUAUGACUAAGAAGCAAAUAACAAGAACAAUUGCAAUUGAAUUCCAGUUCAUUUUAUUCAAGUUUGCCCAUAGCGGCCAGUAGCUGCUCUUGUUACGGCAAUGCAUUUGUCUUUUUUAGGCGUUUUGCGACGUAGAAAGCCAUCGCUUGUCCGUAAAUGUUGCACACAGUGUUGUAAUUAGUAAGGAAAAGUUAGCCAUACCUUUAAAGGAAAAUAUUCCAUCGAUUUAUAGACGAAAUCAAACGAACAGAACGCGGGGUCAUACUUUCAGUUGACGACAUUGCACCGACGGUGUAGUACCUUUUUCGCUCCUGGUGGAGUGCCGAAGCAAGUCAUUUGUUAGUUGGUGUUUCGUUUUUGUUUUCGUGGCACUUCCGGUUCAUCUGGCAACCGAGUUUUAUCUCGAUAUAGCAUCAAUCUCAAUGACAACGGAAGCAUUACAAACAAACCCAGUGCAGCAGUAGAGCAGUUAGACGUACAGAAACAAGCCACCAAAAGUCGGACUAGUAAAAGAAAAUAAAAUUACCUUAACCUUAAAAGCAAAGGUACUUUAAUAAUAAAUAUAAAUAUACAAAACUUAUUAUACAUUAUUAAUGAUACAAUAUUUACUUAGCAUCAGAGCGAGUAAAUGUGCAUGGACGCGCGUUUAUAUCAUAUCAUGCGAGCGGAAGCAACACACAAAAAAGGCAGUAAAAACGAAAAAAAAAAAGUAAACCGAGUUGCGUUUUGGGUGAGCAAAAGACGAAAGACACGUUUAAAGGGAAUGCAAACAAAAAAGUGUGAGAAAAAUGAAGGAAAAAAACAAAACUAGCAAAACGAAACACCGAAGUGAAUUGUAUCGCAAAGCAAGCAAAUAAUACGAGCAGAGUAAUGAUGCAAUGUGUAUUGAUUAGCUUCUCACAGCGGCGGGAAGACGAAAACGAUUGGCAUAUUCCGCCCAUGAGCGAGUAUGUAACAACACAGCUUAUGCUACGCGCGAUUGUCGUGUGUGCGUUUUAUGUGAAUGAUGAUAAUUAAUGAUUGCAAUAUAACUGUGGUGUCCUACCAGAUCAGAAUGGCUCGAUUAAUUAAAACCAAAAAAGGAAAAAAAAAUCAACAAAAACAACAAGCAUUAAUCCAAGGCUAUAUAUAGAAGUCCAGUAACGAUAAAAACAAGAAAAAAAACAAAACUUUAUCAUAUACCAAUAUAAGCUGGGCUUAAAGACAGCGACAGGACACUGAACACAAAAGACACGCGUUCAAGUAUAUACACUCAUUAUUAUGUUUGAACAAAUGACGUUGAUUGAAUAGAUUCAUCAGCAAUAAUAAACAAUUGUGAUAAUACAAUACAUACAAGAGGAGAAACGCGGAGAAGGCGGAAGGAGGAGGAAACACAACUAAAAAAAGAAAACAAUGAAGAAAAUUGAAUGUUGAACGCGAAAGAACCCGAAGCAAUUGAAGGAAAAGCGCAAAGAAAAGUGGGAAAAGUGGUCAAGGUACGAUGGUGGUUAUAGCUGGCGUUUUGAAUGACGAAAUUGACGAAACAUUCGCAAAAGGACACGACCCUAAAAUGCGCGUGACGAACGGAGGAAUGUGCAGGAAAGAAAAUUGAGCUAAGGUGCAUUCGUUAAACGAGGAGAACCAGGCGCUUGCAUUAGCCCUUGCCCUUGCCAAACGCGAGCCGUACCGUCGUUUCGAUGCAACGCGAUUUGUUAUGCUUCCUUCUUCGGAUGGGUGGGUGGCGUCACUUCUUGGGCGGUUUUGAAUAUGCUACGCACUAAAUGCCCCUCUUUUGGCAGUGUAGUUUAAGAGUGAAGAAAAAAGGAAUACGCAAGAUAACUGAAAGCAAUUGUAAUGUGAAACGUUUUCGCAUGAGAACAUGUUUUGCUUCCUUCCUUUCUCCAGUAACAGUGGAUAUUGGUGGAUAGCGCCAUAUGCGAGUGUUAAGAUGAGAGUUUCUCUCCCAUAUUACGCGCAGACAUGACGACGAGUGAGGGAUGUAAAAGGCGCAUUCGACAACACCCUGACUAUUAGGGACCUGAAGCAGAGAAAUAUCCCAACAUCACAGUCCAUCUUCCCUUUUCGGGCUCAAUGUCGAUCGCACUCAGCACAACACGCUUCGUAAGUCUUCUCCUACGAACUCUUCUUCCACGGCACAGUUCACCCCAGAACAGUUCCAAUGUGCCUGUUGGCACCUACUGUUGGCCCUCUAGAAGCCGAUGUCAUCUGCCUGCACCACCGAUCGCUCGUAGAUCGAUCCUCCUAUUCGUCACUGCAUGAUCGAUGGGGGUAAUGUUAGCACGAAACGAAUGGCUUGGGAACGAUACACAAACACUAGCACAGCAUGGUGCUUGACUCACACAGUGCAACACCGUCUCCCUAACUAUCUAGCGAUUGAUAUCCUCCCACAGCAAGGACACGCCGCGUCAGCCGAGCCUAUGACUGAAACGGUAAACUAAAUCAAACUAACCAAACCCAACUCACACCAUCUCUUGUUGUCUCUUAAAAGUAUAGCAAACAAAUCUCUACAUGUGUAUAAAAUCGUGUCCAAACAGGACGAAACUCCAAACUCUAUCGCCCGGCAUCUUUGGCACGGCAAAGUCUUAAGUAUUAGCAGCGUAGCCUCUCUUGCUAACUAAGAAAUGAAAAAUGCAACGUAGCUCCAACGGAAAAUUCGUUUAUUUUUGCUCGGAUCGUUCAUUUGCACCGGCUUAUCCUAUUUCGCGACUCAACUAAACCACGAACACUCAAGACAAGAAGAACAAAACAUGGCAGCAUCUUCACAAGGUCCACUCUGUCUCACAUAACACUGUUCUUUUGACGGCGGGCAGCGACAGAUUUGAUGGUGGCGAAAAGAACGGAAAGUCGUAUGAAAAACAAAAAAAAACACACACACGCGGGGAAACAGUGACAACAGAGAGGAAACGGUGCGAAAAAGAUAAACAAAAAAAAAAAAAAGAAACAAAAAAAAGGAUAACGAUAAACACGGGAACGAAAUAGAAACGAAAAACGGAAGACGACAAACA